AUGGAGAACUCACAGCACCCUCGGCGUCGAAACCGUUCCUCAAACAAUUCCCAAGAGCCUGUCACGAGCCCACGUUCGACGGCGCCCCCAGAAACUCCGUCGGAGAAGACCAAGGGGGUCGCAACAGGGUUCACGGAUAUUUAUGGAGCUUUGUCACCACGAAAAGCAGGACUCAUCAGUGUCGGGUCAGCCAUCGGCACCGGAUUGAUGGUCGGUAGUGGGAGAAGUUUGAGCUUGGGUGGCCCGGCGGCCAUGAUGAUAUCAUACACCCUCGUCGGAUUCACGGUCUUCCUUGUCCUGUCGGCAUUGGGAGAAGUCGCUGGAUGGCUGCCGAAGCCAUCCACGGUGGCGGACCAGGCGCUUCGCUUCUGUGAUCCGGCGCUGGGCUUCACACUUGGAUGGAUAUACUGGCUUAAGUAUGCCAUGAUCACCCCGAAUCAGUUGACAGCCGCUGCCCUUGUGGUAGACCUAUGGCUCGACCAUGAACGUAUCAACCCCGGAGUAUGGAUCACCGUAUUCAUCAUCAUCAUCACCGCUCUCAACUAUAUCCGCCACAGUCUGCCAAGUCAGAUUGAGUACUACGUUUCGACGGUCAAACUUCUCGUUAUGAGCGGUCUCAUGAUCGUGUCUCUUGUGCUCGCGCUCGGAGGCGGGCCAGAUCAUGACGCAAAGGGAUUUCGAUACUGGCAAAACCCAGGCGCCUUCGCAAUGUCUAAAGAACACAUGCCGGAAGCUCUUUUCGCUACCUGUGGGGCCAUGUCCUCCGCUACCUUUGCGUAUAUUGGCAGUGAAAGAUCUGGUGUCCUGGCUCGGUCACCAAAUGUGCCCAAGGCUAUGAAUCGUGCCAUCAAGCAUACCUUCUAUCGAAUCAUGGUUUUUCACCUUCUCGGCAUCACUCUUCUCGGUAUGACCAUACCGUACGACUCGCUCAGGUCGGCCUUUCAUCCGGGCUCCACGGCGAAGAAAAAAGCUAUCUCUCCGUUUGUGGCAGCAUUGAUGGAGGCUGGGAUCGCGGUUCUGCCUCACCUGUUAAACGUGUGUAUAUUAUUCUUCAUUCUGUCCAUUGCAACAUAUGAUCUAUUUCUAGCUACAAAAGCGCUGUCCGACUUAGCCCUCAGAAACCGAGCGCCCAAGUUCCUGUCGAAGGUGAACAGCAACGGAGUCCCUGUCUACGCCCUGGCGGCGUCCACAUGCAUGGCCACCUUGGCCUACCUGAACGUGUCGCAAGACUCAAAGAUGGUAUUUGGUUACUUGUUGAACCUUGUUACAAUGCUCGGCCUUUUGACUUGGAUAUCCAUCCUCGUCACUCACAUUUGCUUCGUGCGAGCACGCAAGGCACAAGGUAUCUCUGACGACAUGCUGGCAUUCAAAGCACGUUUUGGGCUUCCCGGAACUUGGCUGGCCCUGGUACUCUGUGUGUUCAUCUCUUGGACUAUGGUCUUCAGCUCUCUUUACGUCCAGGGCUCGAAGAUUGCGGUCGAUCCUGCCAAAUUCAUGGCUGCGUUUGUUGGAGUUCCCGCCUACAUCAGUUUAUAUUUUGGGCAUAAGAUCAUUCAGAAAAGCAAGCAUAUUGAUCCCAGGGAUGCUGAUUUCUGGUCUGAUAAGACACCUGAUAGUGGAUCGGUGAUUACGUCGUAA